CAUGAUGGGACAGAACAUGAAUCCGACAGCAUUAAGUGGAAGCUAUCCAACUACAAGCAGGUCUGAUACGGGCGGAACGCCAGGUGAUUAUACAGGGGGCGCAGGCGUACAAGGUGCAAACAGACACAGUGCAGAACCGACAGCCAACUCAAUUCCCCGCGGACCACCUCGAAAACCUAGACAGUCAGGGCACGCUUUGUGGGUCGGGAACCUGCCCCCUGGAACCACCGUGAUUGAUUUGAAGGAUCAUUUUUCAAAGGACGCCACCAAGGACAUUGAGAGUCUCUUUCUCAUCUCCAAGAGCAACUGUGCCUUUGUAAACUACCGGACAGAAGCUUCUUGCGCGGAUGCGAUGCACAGGUUCCACGAUUCUCGUUUCCAAGGCGUCCGACUGGUCUGUAGAUUGCGCCGUAGUUCAGCUGCCACCUCAGGCGUUCCGACUGGGCCCUCAGCGAUGGCAGGGCCACGGCCACCUAGCGUCUCUCCAGAACGGACGCCUCCACUCGUCGAUAGUGAACUUGAAGCUGAAGAGGUCAAAGCAGAAGCUACCCAGGAGGAGGUCGAGAACACGACCCGGGUUGCUGAGAAGUUCUUCAUAGUCAAGAGUCUGACGCUUCAAGAUCUAGAACUAAGCGUGAGAAAUGGCAUUUGGGCUACCCAAUCUCACAAUGAAGAGACGCUGAACAAAGCUUACGAGUCUACCGAUAAUGUUUACCUCAUCUUUUCCGCCAACAAGUCUGGCGAGUACUUUGGUUAUGCCCGAAUGACCUCGUCCAUUCACGAAGACGCCAACCAGAUAAUAAACACUGUCGCGAGGGCCGAGACUCUGGAGACGACUGAUGUCCCAAAGUCUAUCCCGACACCUGCUACCGAGCAUGCGCCAAAGGGAAGAAUCAUUGAUGACUCGGCACGAGGGACCAUCUUUUGGGAGGCUAUCACGUCUGACAACGAAGGCGAAGAUACCAAGGCUCCUGAAGACGACUCUAUACCGACUGGAACUGACUCCCUGGCCACUGCACAAACAUGGGGCAAACCGUUCAAGGUGGAAUGGAUAUCGACAAACAGACUCCCAUUCUACCGUACUAGAGGCCUUCGCAAUCCGUGGAACGCGAACCGGGAGGUCAAGAUUGCUAGAGAUGGCACAGAGCUCGAGACGAGUGUGGGAAAGCGCCUCGUACAGAUGUUCCAUCGCCUCGGACAGUCCAACAUUGGCCCCUCGAACCUUUCCGCUAUGCAGAUGCCGUCUACUAUGAGGCCAUUUUGAGUUAUGUUAUAGAAGAGCUAGGCAAUGAUUUUUGUCUUUCUGGUAAAUUUUGGAAUGAGGGAAAUGCGCUGCCAACAAUGCCACUUUCAAGCCAGCAUUUCGAACUUCACAAAAAAAAGCCAGAGAGAUUCUACUUUCGACCUGCCGGGCAGGGUAUUUUAAUUCGUACUUUUCUCCGACAGUCGACGACGAGGCAACGAUGUAACGGCACUCAUUUUAUUGCUAACGACCAAGGAAUGAUAUUGGCAUGGACUUGAAGCUUGAAGCGAGAUGUUUCGAAUCUUGUUACUAUAUUUUUAUCUAUCCCUUCAAUUUGAUUUUUGUAAAUAUGUUUGAGAGAUGUACUGUAUCUUUAGCUAGUCGCAUCUGCGGUGGCAUAGUUGCAUUUGCUCGUUGUAAUGUUUGACAC